AUGGCGAAUGCAGAUCCACCUGCUCCAACACUUGCCUUGGAAUCCACCGAAAAACCGCCAAAACCCAAGAAAACGCAUCCCCUUCAUACCAGCUGGAUAUUUUAUAUUAAUGAAUUACCCCAGGAUCAACGCGGUCGUCCCAAUGCAAAACAUGAAGGCCAUCAAAUUCGGUGCCUUGGAAAGUGCUCCACAGUGGAGGAGUUCUGGAAAGUGUUCAAAGAGACAGAAAAACCAAGUGAACUUCAGUUCACCGAGGCCUUCUAUCUCAUGCGUGAACCCUGUGAUCCGCAAUGGGAGAAACCAGAGUACUCCAACGGUGGCAGAUGGCGUCUGCGCCACGGGGAUGUUCGGAGCGCGGACUACCUUUGGUGCGAGUUGGCCAUGAGUGCAGUGGGCGAGAAACUCGGUCAACUGGUGGACUCACGCAACUCCAUCCUCGGCGUCGGCGUCUCACCACGGCCCACCAGCGUCGUGGUGGAGAUCUGGACAGCCUCCUUAGACUUCGACGCCGACAAGACAAUCGAAUUUGCCGAACGCUUCAACAGUCUUAUUCUACCCCACCCUGUCUCCUUCAAGACUGUUUACUAUGAAAAACACUUAACACGUACUGCCAGGGAAAUGCCCAAAACCGGAAACGGAUCACACGGAAAGGUGCUUAAUGGUCAGUUCGAUAUCUCUCCUUACUGCUGUUCCCCACUCAUCCAUGAUUAUGCACAGCAUCUUGCAGAGCAGUCGCUUCAAAGGCUUCAACUGAAGACACUGCGGAGUAACCUAAACUGCUCUUCUAGCUGGAAGGAUCACACGUUUAACUAA